UCCAGUCCUCCCGAGACGAACAAGUUGCAGAGAUUCUCGAGUCACACGCCCGUUCCAGCACUCCCGAGCUCCACGCGCUGUCGCGCUAGCUUCUGUGCCGAUUUCCGCAAGUGUCCCCUGCAUUGGCAAUCCCUCCCAGAACUCCCAUCCAUGGCUUGCAUUGGCUGGACCUUCGUGCAGGCUGAUUAACUGGAUCUCGUCGCCGUCCUCUCCUCCAUCGUCUAUCCAGGUCCCCGAAGCCCGAUGCCGCCGCCGGCGGGCCUCGCCGCUCACCCGGGAGCGCCGCCGCGCCUCUACUUGAAGACCCACGGGACCAGGGUGGCGAGGCUGCACCUGCUGGACUGGGCCGUGCUGGUCCUCCUCGCCGCCCUCGACGGCGCGCUCAACCUCAUCGAGCCCUUCCACCGCUUCGUCGGGGAGGACACGGUGCCGGGCCUCCGGUACCCGCUCAAGGACAACACCGUGCCCGUCUGGGCCGUGCCGGUGCUCGCCGUCGCCGCGCCGGUGGCCGUCGUCGCCGGGAUAUACGUGCGCAGGAGGAACGUGUAUGACCUGCACCACGCCAUCCUCGGGCUUCUGUUCUCGGUGCUCAUAACCGCCGUCCUGACCGACGCCAUCAAGGACGGCGUCGGCCGGCCGCGCCCCAACUUCUUCUGGCGCUGCUUUCCUGACGGACUGCCUAGGUAUGACAACGUCACCAGAGAGGUCAUCUGCCACGGAGACGCGGCCGUGAUCAAAGAAGGGUACAAGAGCUUCCCGAGCGGCCACACUUCGUGGUCUUUCGCUGGUCUGGGCUUCCUGUCCUGGUACCUCGCCGGCAAGAUCAAGGCGUUCGACCGGGGAGGCCAUGUCGCCAAGCUCUGCAUCGUCGCCAUGCCGCUGCUCCUCGCGGCAAUGGUGGGGGUGUCGCGGGUGGACGACUACUGGCACCACUGGCAGGACGUGUUCACCGCCGGAGUCCUCGGAUUGGUGGUGGCGUCGUUCUGCUACCUGCAGUUUUUCCCGCCACCCUCCGGUGAACAAGUCGGGUUUCAGGAUUCUGGCCUCAUUCCUACUUUGAGCACAUGCUUACCCUCGAUGGUGAGAUCGAGGUGCAGUCGGCAGCCGGCUCGAGUCGCCACCCGUCACUGACGCUUGACUCCUCUCCGGGACGCGCUGGAAGGGAGAUGAGAACCAGUAGCCAAGCAUUGGACUCAAUGGAAUCAGGCCGUAGAUCUUAGCGACUGAAUGUCACUGUUUCUUUUUUUUUUCAACAAGACUGUUCUAAUUUUAGCACGUGUUUGGUUUUGAGAUCACGUGAAAUGGGUUAGGUUCAUUCCACUUU